GGAUAUGGUCAAUCGUAGAAUCAGUAUGGAUUCCAUUAUGAAAGUGGCAAAGGAACAACAGCACAGGCAGUUUAUCUUGCUUACCCCGCAAGAUAUGAGGUAGGGAUUUUAGAACGAUCUUGUCUUUUGUUUAUACAUGACUUACACACGUAAAAACGCACAAGUUGUAACAAACUUGCUUGUCAACAGGAUGUGUUCGCACUGCUUGUUCCCAGCUUGUUGACAAGUUGUCAACUGCUUGUUGACAACCUGCUACAAGGUUGUUGAACUCAACAGACUUGUCACAAGUUGUGCGUUAUCGUCCUGCAUCACAACAAUUUGCCAACAACAGUUGUGAGUGACAACCUUGUAGCAACUUGAUGAAAUAACAACAUUGUCACAACUUGUUGACAAGCUUGCUACAAGCCUGUUGCGAACACAUCUUGUUGACAUGUUGUCAUAUUUUUACGCGUGUACCUCUGCAUGAUCUAACCAUACUUGUGUGUUUAAAGCCGGUUUUUUAAAUGGUUCUGAUCAGGUGAGUUUUUUUCGAACUACCUGUACCUGCCUUUCGCGAAAUUUACGCGCGAUAAAUAAAGCUAUUUACGUUGCCGUCUGCGUCAACAACAAUGGAGGGCAUAAAGGCAAUUUCUAGACGUAAACAAAGAAAUAUUAAGAACCCAAUGAUUUUUUUGCCGAGAAAAUGUUGACAAUAUAGUCGAGUAUUUCGCAAAGAACGGGCGUCGCAAACAACAUACGGAGAUGAGUUUUCAAAAUCGAAAAUAUUUAAAAGCUAAGGUAUACUGUAUGGUAUACUGUAUGGUAAGGUAUAAUAUAGUGCGAGAUGUGAGUACUGAGUUUUUUUGCAUGUAAAUUUAUUUGUGUGGUACAAAAAAUGUUAAGGGUCUUCUUUGGUUUGGGGGCCCCUUUUGAAACCCGGGGAAAAGUGUCCCCUUCCCCCCUCUCUCUCCACAGCUCUGCUUAGGACGAACCUUCAGCCACCCUCGGUGCGUCAAUCCCGGACGAACCUCCCUGCAAGUAUGUUAUAACAUUAGAUCACCUGAAGUCAGACACGGAGUUUUGAACAAUAUCAGAUCACUUGUAGGCAGCUCAGAAGAUUAAUGAACAUAUACUACUUAUGCAUGAUCUAACCGUGCUACACUCACUAUUAUCUUUCAGUAAUGUUGGACAGACAGAUCAAAUACGAAUAUUCAAGCUUCAGGAUCCAGAUCGCGGCCAAACCGUUUUACCCUUCCAACCUGCCGAAACGGAAUAAGACUAUGCUAUGCGUUUUUAAUGCUAGAAAAUGCAGCGAGUUCACGUCCAAUAAGAAACAGUAAAGGAAUACCGAAUGGUUUUCCGUGCAGGAUUGCGUGAUCCAUGCACGAGGGAUGUCGCGAGACUUUCGGAAAGCGUAAAAAUACUCGAGCCGCAGGCGAGUGUAUUUUUACGCUUUCCGAAAGUCGAGCAACAUCCCAAGUGCAUUAGAUAACGUUAUCCUGCUUGGAAAACCAUUUGGUAAUUGUUUUAUAAAAUAACUACUGUGAAACAAUGACAUUUUGUGAAUCCUGCGAAAAUCCCGCGAAGGCAUUUUAAUUCCUCGUGCAGGAUAGCCUGAUCCUGCACGGUUAUUAACCAAUCAAAUUGCGUGUUUCACUGUAGUUAUUAUAUAAAAAUAUUUCAUACAUGGCACUAACCAUUCGCGGAAUAACCAACAAGUUGUAUUUUACGUUUCACUACAGGCAUUGAAGAGUAUGGACAAUAAAAUUUUAAUAAAUUUAGACUGAAAGAACUCCUUAAACUGUCAUCUUACAAAAUUUUGAUAUCUUUGGUUAGAAGAUAUUUCAGUUUAUUUAGUAUAGGUAAUCAUGCGAUGGCGAGUACAAUUAGGGAUUAAUAGUACGAGUGAUGUUUGGAAAUUUUGCCAAAAUUGGACGAGCCGCCGGGGCGAGUAAUGAAUUAUUAAUGAGUGUUUGAAGAAAUAUUUUAACACCUUGUGACGUCAUAGAUUUGUUCAUUUGCAUAUUAAACAACCUAAGAUAUCUCGAGAACAAAAAAGAUCAAUAAAAGUCGGGAAAUGACUUAUUUUACAGUUUAACGAGUUCUUUCUGUAUUAAUAGUAUACAUGAAAAAAAUUCUCAAUUCUGAUUGGCUAAGAGCACUGAAGUUCAGUGCGAAAAGUGAAAGUAAUAAUAAAAAAACCGAACGACAAAUUUUCUAAUAAAAUUAGUUAUAAUAUAUUAAAAUGAUCUAUUUCGCAUGUGACCUACCCAUGGACGUGACUGCAUAAUUUUUUCAUGUAUAUUAUUAAUUAAC